CAUAGAAGUUGAACUCUCUUUUCUCACUGCAAACAUGAAAGCUUCAUUACUUGCUCUCUCUACACUCUCCUUGCUCCUCUUGUUGGGUAGCACUACAGAUGGAAGGAAAGACAUGGGAGAAUAUUGGAGAGAAGUCGUAAAAGAUCAGCCCAUAGAAGAAUCAAUCCAAAUUAGCCUUGGUCGUGCAGAUCCCACCAGUUCCCUAUCUGGUUGCCAUGAAGAAGAAAACUCGUUUGUCAAGGAUUUCGAACCGAGGCCUGAUGUUUCCAUUUAUACUAAUGAUCUUAAACUAGCAAAAGAUAAAUCCUUAGGGAAGGAUUUUGAGCCAAGGCCUGAUGUUUCCAUUUACGGUAACGAUAUUAAAUCAGCAGACGAGAAAUCCUUUGUUAAGGAUUUUGAGCCUAGGCCAGAUGCCUCCAUUUACAGUAACGAUCUGAAACCUACAAAAGAGAAAUCUUUUGUCAAGGAUUUUGAGCCUAGGCCAGAUGUCACCAUUUACAGUAAUGAUCUUACACUUACAAAAGAGAAAUCUUUUGUUAAGGAUUUUGAGCCAAGGCCUGACGUCUCCAUUUACAGUAAUGAUCUUAAACCUACAAAAGAUAAAUCUUUUUUUAAGGAUUUUGAGCCUAGGCCUGAUAUUUCUAUUUUCAUUAACGAUAUUAAAUCAGCACAAAAGAAACCCUUUGUUAAGGAUUUCGAGCCUAGGCCUGAUAUCACCAUUUACAGUAAUGAUCUUAAGCCUACAAAAGAGAAAUCUUUUGUUAAGGAUUUUGAGCGUAGGCCAGAUGUCUCUAUUUACAGUAACAAUCUUAAACCUACAAAAGGGAAAUCUUUUGUCAAGAACUUUGAGUCAGCGCUUGGUGUCACCAUCGAUGAUAACGAUGCCACCAUUUAUCAUGACUAGGUAAUGCUCGUGUCGAGAUGAUAUACAGAGCCCUUGUAGUGUGUGUAUGAAGUAUUGAAGACUGAAUAAUUUGUCGUUGGCUGAUCUACCUGUUGUAAUAUAGCCAGUGUUCAUGUAAGAUAGCAAGGGCUACUGCUUAUGUAAAAUGCUAAGUGUAUUGCUCAUGAUCAGCUUGCACUUUGCAGUACAGCAGACAAGUUUACUGCAAGGUAGCCAUAGCUGAGAAAUGAUUGAAUAAUUUAAGGUGUGCUAAUUCUGUUAA